AUGAAUAACAAAAUUGUACCUCAAAUUGAAAUAAUUGUUCGGGUCCUUCGCUGCUUGCUCCCUCGAAAACUGCCAAUUCAGAAUUCAAGCUCCAUUCUUGAAAAGAAAAAGGCAACUGAGAAUGCGAUUAGAGUUGCUUCUAUGAUAAAAGAUCACACCUCUAAAUUCCCAAACUUUCGCCACUACCAAAGAAAUGGGUUAUAUGCACACUUAUCGGCUGGACGUGGCAAUAAGCUCACAUUGCCUACAAAACAAUACAUUCAAAAACUUCUUAAGGUUAAUAUGGAAGUACCUUUUGGACCUGAGUGGGCAGCUGAAGAAAAGAUAAAGCGGCGGGAAAUGGUUGCAGAGGAAGCUCAUUAUAUAUUCGUUCAUGAGAUUUCUAAUGAAGAUGACAGUGUAGUGAAAAGAUUAAAGGACGAGGGGAGGACAUGCAGUUGUGCGGGUCCCAUUGUUGGGUUUGUCCAUUACCGAUUUAUUCUGGAGGAAGAAGUGCCUGUGGUUUAUGUUUAUGAGUUACAGCUCGAGGCUCACAUUCAAGGAAAGGGAUUAGGAAAAUUCUUAAUGCAAUUAAUUGAAUUUAUUGCUUGUGAGAACAGAAUGGGUGCUGUGGUGCUGACUGUUCAAAGAGCAAAUCUGGCAGCAAUGGACUUCUAUAUCCGUAAACUUGGUUGGGACAAGAGAGAAGCUAUGAGAUUCUUUGUAAAACAUUUGAUCAUGAAGCUAAAGCUGUCUUGGAGGCGCCCCAAGAUGCCACAGCCAACACAUGAGAUGCUCAAUUCUGUCCGGGCCCACACGAUUAUCCGAGUGUUGAACGAAAAUAUUGUCGGCCACCAUCUUCUCAACGGCUUUACCAGCUGCCAUGAGCUUGCUUCAUCUAAAUUAUGGUAUUAGGUUGGGUGCAACUCAGAAAAAAAGGAUUAUAUAAAAAGAUUAUACUGAAGGGGUUGACACUGAUUGAUUAGUUGGGAGGUAAUGUACCUGAGAACAGCAAACAAGGAUAAUUGAAUAGAAAAUGUCAUUUUGGUUUGACAUGUUUUGAAGGGGUGUUAUUAUCUUUAUACUCUAGCCACGAAUUAUUAAUGUGUACUAAUAAUAUGAUACUAAAUAUGCGUCCACAUGGAAACAUGGACCAUCUCUGCACUAGUUUGAAAAGAAAAUUUGAAAAGAAAAUUAUGAUAAGAUUUAAUGUUGAAAACAUUUGGCUGUUUUGAAUUGUGAUGAAUUUAAUAGCAUUAGG